AUGCGAGCUGCAAAUUUUGGCAAGUUAAUCGUGCAAGAAUGUGUACGAUGUCCGAAGCGUACGUUCAUCCAUCGUUGGAGUAAAUUCUUACGGUGGCAAGAAUUGGAAGCGGAAGAGAUUGAGGAAAAAAAACUCGAAAAAUCCAUCAGAAGUUUUAUCAAGUUGCGCGAUGGUGCCUAUAUUUCACCGGAACGAAAUGGCUAA